AUGGCGGGCUUCAGCAACUUCACCACGCGGCCCUACCGCGACCUCUGGGAGCCGCGGCCGCCCGCGUCCCCGGCGAGGUUGGGCGGGCCGGGACCCGGGGCCGAGCCGGCCCUGGACUCCUGGGCCAAGACUGCGGGCGCCGAGAGGGAGGCGGCGGCCCCCUGGCUGCACCGGAGCUCCUCGCCAUCGGCGCGGACUCGCGGGCGCGCGUACUGUGCCUCACCGAGGGAAAGCCGCAGCCUCACCGACGUGGCGCCGAGGCCGCUCGACCGCGCCAGGAAGCACCCGCCCCGCAGCCGGCGCCUGGAAGAGGCCUGGGGCGAGACCGGGAGCAAGUCCAGCGCGGCCUGGCCACAGCCAUCCCCCCUGCAGCCCCAACAGUCGCAGCCCUUCCCGCGCUACACCCCGGCCCAGGGGGACUCGCCGCCGCCGUACCCCGAGGGCGCUUACACUCUCGCGAGCGUGGCACCGAGCGGAGACCAGUGGGCCGCGCGGGUCUGCAGCCACGAGGGUCUCUGGUCCUCUUCCCCAGUUCCCACGGAGAAGUCUUUUGCGCCCUCCCAGGAGUUCGGGACGCACUCGGACUGUGUGCGCCCUCAAAAGAGGGACGGUAGCGAGCGGGUGGAGUCGGCGGGUAGUCCGGGCUCGCAGCCCUCGGCGUCCAGCAGGGACACGCAGAGCCAGCACAGCCAGGCGCUCACCAGCACUCUGCAGGAGGCGGUGAUGUCCUCGCGGGACCAGAAGAUCGUGGCCCUGGUGCUGACCCGGCUCAAGAAGGCGCAGAGGAUGCGGGAGCUGCAACAGCAGGCGGCAGUGGCGUGGGAGGAGCUGAAGCUCUCGGACCAGAAGGUCCAGGUGACCCUGGAGCGGGAGCGCCAGCUGCUGCUGCAACGGAGCCAGGAGCAGUGGCAGGAGAAGGAGCCGCGCAAGACUCGCCCGGGCCGCGAGCCCCACGGCCGGCGGCGCAGCAGCCCCGGGAAGAACGCGCCCCCGGGGGAGAGCCGCUGGAGGGCGCCGCCCGAGGACCAGGAGAACCAGCGCCACGAGAAACCGGACGGCGCGCGCGCCCUGGCCGAGCAGCGCAAGCAGAGCCAGGUGCAGCGCCUGCGGGAGCAGGAGAGGCAGGCGCAGCGGCUGCGGGAGCAGAGCGGCCUGCAGCUGCAGCGGAGGCUGGAGGAGGCCUCCCACAAGAGGCACCUGCACGCCGCCGAGGGCCAGAAGAAGGUCCAGCAGACCAACUUGAGCUCCCUCGUCAAUUACCAGGCUCGCAAAGUGCUCCUGGACUGCCAGGUCAAGGCCGAGGAGCUCCUCCGGAAGCUGUCGCUGGAGCAGAGCUGCCAGCGGUCUCAGGAGGUCCAGCAGUGUCUGAUUAAGGAGCGGUACCGGGAGCUGAGGGAGAAGGCCCGGAAGGAGGCAGAGCAGUUGCAGCAGGUCAGGUGGCGCGCGGGAGAGGCCGAGGAGCAGACGAAGGCGCGCAAGAGGGUGCUGGUGGAGCUGGCCGACCAGAAGAUCCGGCAGGCCAGGAGCCACGCGCACAGGACCGCCAGGGACAAGGCGCAGCACCUCCGCGAGAUCAACGCCCUGCGGGAGAAGAACCACCUGGUCCUGAAGCUGAGAGCCGAGAAGGAGGAGAAGUCCCACGUCGAGGGCAUCAAGGAGGCCAUUAAGAAGAAGGAGCAGCGGAUGGAGCAGAUAUCCCGAGGGAAAGAGCCCGCCUCCCAGGACUUCCCCAAGGGCUCUCGGGCCCCCAGGGGGAGCGACUCCAGGGAGCUCCAGGACAGCCGCUUCGAUCGGGUGGCACCAGAGGCGCAGCUGCGCGCCGGGUCGCAGAGGGGGCGCUACUGA